UGAACUCUCCACGAAGCACCCAAAAAAUAACUGAUAAAGUUGAACCAAAAAAUGAAUUUCUCGCACAUGGAAAUAUUAAGGAUUACUAUAAUUCACGGUCCAAUGAAUGCAAGAUAUAUGCCUUCUCAAUGGACUAUGCAGAAAAAUUAAAUUCCAAUCCAACUUCUAUAAUCUGGGAACAACCUACUCCGCAUGGAUUGGCCUCAGCAAUCAUCAAUGCGUAUACCCUUCAUCAACACCUUCGAUUCUCACCAGAUGAUGUUUGGUUAACAGUUGCACAGGGUGUCAGUAAUCACAUUUGGAGAAACGCCUACCGUUUUCGUCAUUUGUUUGUUGACCAUAAAGGUAAAAAAGAAAUCUACCUGGACGCUCGUGAUAUUAUAGAUCAAGUUGGUGGAAAUUUUGUCGGUGAUUGGCCACAAGCAAUUACUCGACUUUCGGAUACAGUUGAUGAAAAAGUUAAAAAAGUUGCCUUAAAAGAAAUUUUCGAAUGUGAUUUUUCUACUUCAACAAAUACAUCUAUUAUAGUCAGUCGAAUUACCUUGUUAAAUGCGAUGAAAGAAUUUUUUAUCCUUAGAUUGCGUGGUGGAUGUGGUAUUCCAAAAGUUACCCUUGAUGGCACCUUAGAAGAUUGGUUACACCUUCAAGAAAAAGUUGCAAAUCUUCGUAAUUUAGGAUUGGAACUUGAUUUCUGGCUCGAUAGGUUGGAACCGGUCAUUUCUCAAUUCAUUACCACUUAUAAAGGAAACGUUGAUGAAAACUUUUGGAAUAUGGUUGUUUUUCAAGCUCCUAUUAUUGGACCCAGUGGUUACAGCAGCGAAGAACUUGGUACACGUCCUCGUUGGGAUGGAUGGAUAAGUGCAUUAUUUCCAUACACUCAAUUAGGAUGCUAUCCUUCUGAUAUACCUUCUGGAUUGGUUAAUGUUCCAUUCACAUUGAGCAUUAAUAAAAAUAACUUCCAAUUAAGAUUUGUUGGAGGGUUUCUAGGUUGUAGACAAGAUAAGAUUGAUGAAGAAUAUGUUGUUUCGCCUGUUAUUGGUUGGUAUAUUGAUGAUAAAAAACUUUCUCCAAGGGAUUUAAGGGAUUGAAUUAUUUUUAUACAAAGUUUCUUUUUUCUUCUUUCUUACAAAUCCACAAUUAUUUUAUUAUUGUGUUUUCAAUUAUUAUCAAAUUAGUUUUAUUACAAUAAAUUUAGCUAGUGAAUUUUGAUUAUUUUCAUUUUUUAUAAAUAUUUAUUAUAUUGAAUGU